AUGAUAGAUGUUGAAAAUGAAGCAUUCAAGAAUGAAAAAAGAAAAAGAAAGUAUGCAAAUGAAAAUACAGAUAUUAAUGAUAAUAAAUUUAAUAAAUUUAAAAGGAAUAUGAUUAAAACCAAAUCAUUGGAAGGUUGUAAUGAAAAUGAUAAAUAUAUAUAUGAAGGAAAUGUUAAAAUAAAAAAUAAGAAUAAGCAUAUUUUUUAUAAUAAAGCCCAAGUAUUUAAUAGAGACUUAAGUAUUGUUUUAAUAAAAUCAUUAGAAUUAUAUUUAAAAAGCAAAAACAAAGAUAAUGAAAAAACAUUAUUUAGAGGCUUUAAUAUUAUUGAGUUACUAAGUGCUAGUGGAAUUAGAAGUAUAAGAUACUUAAAAGAAUUAAAUGAAACAGUAAACCAUAUAACAGUUAAUGAUAUUGAUAAAUAUGCCUGCAAACAAAUAAGAAGAAAUUUUAAAAGAAAUAAUAUAAAUAAAGAAAGGUAUACAAUACUAUGUAAUGAUGCUAACAGUGUUAUGAAUAUAAUGAAUCUUGACAAUGUUUAUAGCAAAAAAAGAAAUAAUAAGAAGUUAGAUAUAGGUUUUACAUAUAUUAAGAGUAUAAGUAAUUUUAAUAACUAUUUUAAAGAAGCUUUAAAAUUUUUAAACUUUUUAAGUGAUUAUAAUAAGUUUAAAAAUAAUGAAGUUGAUAGCGAUUCCACUACAUUUUCAAAUGAUGAUGAAAAUUUCUUAACACAAGAUUUAAAUGGAAGUGAAACAAAAGAAGAUGAGGAAACUGAAUACUAUAAAGAGAAAAUUAAUGAUAAAAAUAAUAGUGUAAAUGGAAAUGAGGCAAUAGAAAAAAAGUUAAAAGAGAAUGAAUGUAUUAAGAACGAAGUAAAUAGAGAAAUAAAAGAAGAGAUAAAACAAAAUGGAAAUAUUGACAACAAUUUAAAAGAAAAUAUAAGAGAAGAUAUAAUUAGUAGAAGUAAACUAAUAGAAAAAUAUUUGUUUGAUAUAAUUGAUGUAGAUCCAUAUGGUUCAUCAAUAGAAUACCUGGAAAGUUGUUUAAAAUAUGGGAGAAGUAAUUUUUUUAUGUUAAUAACAAACACAGAUAUGAGGAUAUUAAAUGGUAAAUAUCCAGAUGUUUCAUUUUAUAAAUAUAAUAGUAUGAUUUUUAGUAAAAAAGUGAAUUAUAACAAUGAAUUUAGUAUAAGAGUAUUGCUUUAUAAAAUUAAAAUAAUUGCAUCUAAAUAUAAAAAGUGCAUAAUACCAUUUGUUUCGCUUAAUAUUGACUUUUAUAUUCGAAUGCUGAUUCAAGUAUUAGAUGAUGCAUUUCAAACAAAAGAUGUGUGUGUUGACACAGGUUUAGUAUACCAGUGUUCUAAUUGUUGUAGUUUUUAUAUUAACCCAUUGGCUUCAAAAAAAGAUAUAAGUCAUUCAUUAACAUGUAACAAGAAUUCAAAAAAAAAAAAUAAAAAUAAAAAUAAAAAUUAUAUUUUUGACAAUAAUAAGAUUUGUACAGAAAAAAUAAACGAAGAUAAAGAAAAUUUAAAUAGUAGAAAUAGUAAUGAAGGAGAAUCUUUAGAAGAUGGGGAAUUUCAUGUAAAUAAAGAAAAUAUUGAAAAUGAUGAAAAUAUUGAAAAUGAUGAAAAUAUUGAAAAUGAUGAAAAUAUUGAAAAUGAUGAAAAUAUUGAAAAUAAAGAAAAUAUUGAAAAUAAAGAAAAUAUUGAAAAUGAUGAAAAUAUUGAAAAUAAAGAAAAUAUUGAAAAUAAUAAAAAUAAUGGAAAUAAUGAAAAUAUAGAAAAUGAUGAAAAUAGGAAAAAUUCUUUAAUAAGUUAUAAAUAUAAAAGCACAAAAUUAAAUAUAUCCAAUAAAUGUGAAGAAUGUAAAGGUGAUAUUUUAAUAGGUGGUCCAAUAUAUAUUGGGAAUUUACACAACAUUGAUUUUAUAAAUACAUGUAUUUCUUUGUUAGAAAAUAUAGAAAAGCACAAUUUAAAUAGAAUAAAAACAAAAGAAAGAAUAUUAAUAAAUUUCAGAUGCUUACAACAAGAAAUAAAUAUUCCUUUAUAUUAUAAUAUGCCAUCACUAUUCAGAAGUUUUAAAAUUUGCUCAUUUUCAAGAAAAUUAUUGGUGAAUGCACUGUUAAAUUUGAAUUAUGAAGUUUCAUAUUUUCAUAAGGACCCAGAUAGUGUAAAAACAAAUGCACCUAAUCAUGUUUUUAUGGAUAUUUUUCGUACAAUAAUUUAUAAAAUUAAUUCCAAAAUAAAAAACUCGAAUUCAGGAGAAAAUAAAAAAGAUGAAUUAAAUGGUUUCAACAAUAGUAAAGAACAUGAUAGCACACACAAAAAAAUAUAUUCCAUAAAUACUAUAAAGGAUGAAAAAUUGAAAGAAAAAUUACUAUCUUAUGAUUUUUUUAAAAAAGCAUCUUCUUUUGAUAAUGUAAAUAUUUCCAAUUUUAAAAAAAACCAUAAACCCUUUAAAUUAUUUACUUUAGAAAAUCCCGAACCAUUUUGGGGUCCUAAGAGAAAACAUUUUGAAAAAAAUUAA